AUGGCAUCAUCUGUGCUUGACAUCUCCUCCCCACGGGGAGCUGCCGUGCCAAUAUCGUUUACACGAGGUACAUGCAGUCGGCCUAGCUUCUCAACUGUCACAGAGGCGUUCUUCCACUAUGCAACCACACAGCCUUCGGCAACUGCGGCACGAGAUCUAUCUGCCGAGCCUGCUGUUGAGAUAAGCUAUGGCGAGCUGGCUGAACGAAGCAUCCGGUUGGCGCAACGGUUACGAAGUCUGGGCGUUAUGCCGGGACAUCGUGUGCCGCUUGUUGUCAAGCGUGGUGUUGAUGUGACAAAUGUUGUCAUCAUUGAGGAUGAAGACAUCAACAAGCAAAGUGUCGAAGGCUUUGCUCCAGUGAGUAAGCCUGAGGAUGGCUGCUAUGUGAUAUAUACAUCAGGUACACCAAAAGGAGUCGAUGUUACUCACAAUAAUGUGACAAACCUGAUAUGCCAAGCACCAGGCAACCUGGAUAUUGGUCCAGGAACAUGUGUUGGUCAAGUGUUGAACGUCAGCUUUGAUAUGGCUGCUUGGGAGACACUUGGUUGUCUAUCAAAUGGAGGAACCUUAGUUCUGCGGGGAUCUGACUGGUCAAAAGCCCUAAAAGAGAUUGACGUCCUUAUCUGUACCCCAAGUAUUCUUUCAAAGCAGAACCCCCAGGACUUCCCAAGACUUAAGACCGUUGCCACGGCAGGAGAGCCUAGCUCUCAACAACUCGCUGACCUAUGGGCGUCUCGUGUCUCAUACUUCAACUGCUAUGGCCCAACAGAGACCACCAUCGUCAAUACCAUGCACCAGCACCAAGCAGGUCAACCUCUCUCCAUCGGUAGACCAACACCAGGAAACAAUGUUUAUAUCCUAGAUGAGUUUCUUGUACCAGUACCUGUUGGAGAAGUCGGUAAUGUUUGGGCUGGUGGUGCAGGCGUAGCUCGUGGUUAUGUCGACUUGCCAGACAAGACAGCUGAGAGGUUCAGACCUGACCCAUUCACUCAAGACGGAUCAAAUAUGUACAACACCGGUGAUCUCUGCCAAUGGAACCCCAACGGCACCCUCCACAUCCUCGGCCGGAUAGACGACCAAGUCAAAGUCAAAGGUUUCCGCGUUGAGCUCGACGGCGUAACAGCUUGCAUAAAAUCCUGUCCCUCUGUCCAAUCCACCACCGCUAUCCUCAUCAACAAUGAAAUCCACGCCUUCAUCACCCCCAGCCACUGCCCUAUCGCCGUUGUCGAAGCCCAUCUCAAGACCCUCCAGCCUUACUACGCCAUGCCAACACACUACCACCAACUGGAAAGUCUGCCUAUGACUGCAAACGGAAAGAUCGACAAGCGAUCCUUGAGAAUGAGAGAGUUGGUGGAGGUUGGGAAACCCCAGCCUGCUGUUCUACAUGCGCGUAUGGAUUCGAAUGCGUCGAGUGCUACGCAACUUAGUUCUUUCUCUGAUGCGAGUGAUACAACGCUUAUUAAUGAGCAUCAGUAUGAUCUUGAGAAGGCUCUUCCUGAGAAGGAUAUGCCUAAGCAUGCGAGAGGACUGCGGCAUAGGUUGCUCAUUGUUUACCGCCGGCUAUUUUCCCUUGUUGGACUCUUUAACAUCGGUGCUGCUAUCGCUCUCCUCCUGACUGGUAUCACCAGAGAGUGGAUGGGUAUCAUCACAGCCAUCAACCUAGCCACAGCUGUCCUUGUUCGUCAAGAGUUCGUCAUCAACGCCCUAUACACUAUCACCUGCAGCGUCCCCAAGACCUGGCCUCUUGCUAUCAGGACCCGAUGCGCAAAGAUCUACCAUCUCGGCGGAGUUCACUCCGGUGCGGCUGUCAGCGCAGGGGCAUGGCUUCUGGCAACCAAUAUCGCCGACAUAGCUUGCUCAUUCGGAAGCUGUGCCAACUGGGGCAGCUUAUCUAUCGCCUCUCAAGUCAUCUCUUGGAUCCUAUCUGCCAUGUUCGUUGGUAUGAUCGGAAUGGCUUGGCCUUCAGUCCGCAAGCGGUAUCACGAUCUCUUCGAGAGAACUCACCGCUUUGCUGGAUGGACUAUGCUCGCUCUCUUCUGGGUACAAACCGUGCUUUCAGCCCACGACAACACACCUUCUGGUACUACACUUGGAGAAUCCUGCGUCAAGUCCCCUGCUUUCUGGCUCCUUGCUGUAGCGACAGCCAGCGUUGCUUCUUCCUGGUGCUUCCUCCGCAAAGUCCCAGUUGAAGCUGAGAAACUCUCAGACCACGCUAUCAGACUUCACUUUGACUACACUGUUCCCGUCAACGGUUCCUUCACCCGUCUGUCUCACAAACCUCUCAAGGAGUGGCAUUCCUUCGCCACCAUCCCCGCUCCCGAAGCCAUCAACGGUCGAUCAAAGGGCUACUCCCUUGUCGUCUCCAACGCUGGCGACUGGACAAAGUCCACCAUCCAAAACGGCCCCUCUCACAUCUGGACACGCGGUGUCCCAACCUGCGGCGUCAUGCGCAUCGCAACCCUCUUCAACCGCGUCGUCUUGAUCGCAACAGGCUCCGGGAUCGGUCCUGUUCUCGGACACAUUCAAAACCCAACAUGUCCAACACAACUCAUCUGGUCAACCAAGAACCCCGAAGAAACCUUUGGGGAAGAAAUCUGCCAGACUAUCAGCGAGCGCAUUCCCAACGCGGUCAUCCACGAUACUAAGAAGCUCGGGAGACCUGACUUGGUAAAGAUGGGCUACAAUCUGGUAAAGAGCUUCAAAGCUGAAGCAGUUAUCAUUAUUGCGAAUGAGAAGAUUACGAAAAAGGUGGUUUAUGGUUUGGAAACGCGUGGUGUUCCAGCUUAUGGUGCUAUUUGGGAUAGUUAG